GCCCCUCUGUGGUCUCAGGAGUGCGGUACAUCUAUGUUCAGCACCGGCAUCUGUGCCUCUGUCAGCGAUGACCUAGAACCAAGAGAGGCAAUCGCUCCAACAGCACAAAGGUGCUCCACAUAUAUGGACAUUGUGAUCGUGCUGGAUGGCUCCAACAGUAUCUACCCCUGGUACGAGGUCCAGAACUUCCUCAGCAACAUCCUCAGCAAGUUCCACAUCAGCUCAGAUCAGAUGCAGGUUGGUAUACUGCAGUAUGGUGAGGUAGCAGUCCACGAGUGGUCUCUGAAGGACUACCAGACCACACAGGAGGUGGUGGAGGCCGCCAAGAACAUCAGCAGACAGGAGGGACGGGAGACGCGCACUGCAUAUGCCAUCCACAUGGCCUGCUCGGAGGCGUUCAGCACUGAGCGUGGAGCAAGGGAGGGCGCCACCAAGGUGAUGAUCGUAGUGACGGACGGAGAGUCACAUGACGGGGAGGAGCUACAAGACGCUCUGAGGGAGUGCGAGAACAGAAACAUCACCAGAUACGCCAUCGCUGUUCUGGGUCAUUACAUCCGCCGGCAGCAGGACCCUGAGGCAUUCAUUAGAGAGAUUAAGUAUAUCGCCAGCGAUCCUGAUGACAAAUAUUUUUUCAAUGUGACCGAUGAAGCUGCACUCAAUGACAUUGUGGAUGCCCUGGGGGAUCGCAUCUUCACUUUGGAAGGCACACUGGGCUACAACGAGAGCUCGUUCCACAUGGAGAUGUCUCAGAUCGGCUUCUCCACGCACACGCUGGAUGAUGGCAUUCUGUUUGGGAUGGUAGGCGCCUAUGACUGGGAUGGUGGCGUGUUGAAGGAGGGGACCAACGGACGCAUUAUGCCGCCCAGAGAGGCUUUUGAAAGCGAGUUUCCACUGGAGCUCAAAAAUCAUGCUGCUUAUUUAGGUUACACAGUGUCAUCUGUGGUGGUUGGUGACUGGAAGAGGCUGUAUGUAGCUGGGGCUCCUCGAUUCAAACACAAAGGCAAAGUCAUCCUAUUUGAACUCAGUAAUGAGGGUGAUGUCAACAUUGUACAGGCCCUCAAUGGGGAACAGAUUGGAUCUUACUAUGGCAGCGAGCUGUGUGGCCUGGAUAUCGACCAGGAUGGCAUCACUGAUGUCCUUCUGGUGGCAGCUCCAAUGUACCUCGGCUCAGGAAACAAGGAGGCUGGUAGAGUCUACAUCUACACCCUCAGUGGGGAGGAGGUGUUUGUAUCUAAUGGUACUCUGAAGUCAGAGGAAAAGUCCCAGGAUGCCAGGUUUGGUUAUGCACUGGCAGCCGCUCCAGACCUCAACCACGACGGCUUCACUGACCUGCUAGUGGGAGCCCCGCUGGAGGAUGAACACAGGGGGGCCAUCUAUGUCUACCAUGGAGACGGCAUUUACAUCAUCCACAGUUUCAAGCAGCGUAUUUCAGGGUCAUCGAUUUCCCCCUCCCUGAAGUAUUUUGGCCGCAGUGUGAGUGCUCGGUUGGAUUUGGAUGGAGAUGAGCUAAUAGACUUGGCAGUGGGAGCACAGGGCAACGCUGUGCUGCUCAGCUCUCGAAGCAUUGUCCAGAUCAAUGUGAGACUGUCCUUCCAGCCACACUCCAUCAACGUCAUUCAGAAGACGUGCCAGAGGGGAGGCAGAGAAUCAGCCUGUCUCAAUGCCACUGCCUGUUUCACAACUGUGUCCCGCUCCCCUGGGUCACACAGCAACAGCUUUGAUCUGUGGGUGUCGGCCAUGUUGGAUGACAGGAAGUUGUCUGCACGGGCGCUGUUUGACGACAGCUCCCACCGACAGACCCAGCUGGCAGUCCAAGUUCACACAGGACAAACUCUCUGCUACAAACUGCCCUUCCAUGUCUAUGACACAGCAGAUUACAUCCGUCCAAUUAGCUUCUCACUGCGGUUUAAGAUCAACAAUACAGAGAGUGGCCCAGUGUUGGAUGAAGGCUGGCCAACAGCUGUCAAGAAGUCUAUCCAGUUCUUUAAAGACUGUGGUGAGGAUGAUGUGUGUACAACAGACCUGGUGCUGCAGGCUCAUACGGACAUCUCAGGGACAAGACAGAAGCCUUAUGUGAUUCGCAGCCCUCGUAGGCGUCUGGCAGUGGAGGUGCAGCUUCAGAACAGACUGGAAAAUGCCUACAACACCAGCCUGACGCUGCACUAUUCACGCAACCUGCACUUCUCCAGCCUCAGUAUUAGGGAGGAUGCCCACUUUAAGAUUGAGUGCACAGCACUUGGUGCCAACAGCCACUUGUGUAAUGUCAGCUAUCCAGUAUUUCGCUCCCAGUCAAAAGUUAACUUCAUGUUGGAAUUUGAGUUCAGCUGCACAUCUCUGCACAGUCGAGUGCAGAUGAAGCUUAAUGCUGCCAGUGACAGUGUGGAGAGAGAGGAUACUUUGGGGGACAACAGUGUUCAGCUGCAGAGUUUUGUUCAGUAUGAACCAGACUUGUUUGUUAGCAGUGACUCUAAUUUGAACCGAUAUGAGGUCCAUCCCACUCGGACAGUAUCAGAGGCAAUUGGACCAGAGUUCUACACACACCUCAGGGUACAGAACCUUGGCUGUUACUCUGUAAGUAAUCUGGAGCUCAGGCUGCAUCUGCCCUCUGUGGCUGCGGGAGACAGAGUCUUUAUGACCGUCAGUGAUGUCUUUUCAUACAACGCCACAGGGGUGAACUGCAGCAUGCAGAGUAAUCUUCCCCAGCUGAAGGCCAGACAGAGAGACGUACGCGCCCUUCAUCCUGAAGACAUGAUGCAGAAUGACAUACUGAACUGCAGCAGAUCAUGGUGCACUGAGGUCGUGUGUGAAGUCCAGCAGCUUCUAAGAGGGCAGGCCGCCGUCAUUCGUGUCAGCCGCAGAGUUCAUGAUGAUUUUUUCAGAAACGCCAAAUACAAGUCAGUGAGGGUAAUAGGUGCCUAUCGCCUCGCAGCUCAGGAGACUAACCUCAUUACUCUGGGCACAGGAAUAGUUUGGAGGGAGGUAAAAAGACUAUCUCGAACAGUACUGGAGGUGCUAAAGGGCCGAGCAAUUCCCAUCUCGUUGUGGAUUCUGAUUGGUAGCAUCAUUGGAGGUUUGCUGUUACUGGCCCUCAUCAUUUUCAUACUAUGGAAGCUGGGAUUCUUCGCACGCAAACAGAGAGGUGAGGAUGAGAACCAUGAGGACUGAGCCCAACUUCGGCUGCCAUGAUAACUACCGCUUGAGCCCACCUCUUGCCAGGCACAGAUACAGACCUGGGAUAUGACUCAAAACACAGAUGCACCAGGGACCUCUAAGACCAAAGAGAGCAUCACAAGGGUCCAACAGAAAUGCACUACCCACUAUUUUCAGGGUUGGGAGCACUUAUGUAAAUAAUCUUUUUCUAAUUUUAAGGAAAAAUCAAACUGUA